AUGGGUGUAAAAUUACCUCUACAUAUUGUUUUACGACUCUACGGAUCUAACGGAAGUUUCAUUCAAGUUUUCAAGGAUCAAAAUAAGCCUACAUCACAAGGUUGGAAUACACUAGUAGAAUUAGUUGUGCAUCAGCCCUAUGCUGUAGAUGUCUAUGAUGAAUUUGUGAUUCUUGGAAAUACUGCUGUGUUAAAGUGUCACUUACCUGGCCUCGUACAAGACUAUGUGACCGUUACCUCGUGGAUCCGUGAUGAAUCAUUUGUAAUAAGACCAACAGCCUUAGCAGGUGAUAGAUUUAGUAUAUUUUUGACUGGCGAGCUUCAUAUAAGAAGAGCAGAUCACUCUGAUGGUCAUCAGAAAUAUCGAUGUGAAACCAGACAUCGUUUAACAGGUGAAACUGUUCGAAGUGCAACAUCGGGAAGAUUACUCAUAACAGAGACCUUUAGAGACGUAGCACCACGAAUAACGGACAGCAAACGUCUAUUAAAGGUUCCGGAGGGAGAAACUUUAGAGGUCCCCUGUGCAUCGCAGGGGUUUCCUAUUCCCACUUACGAAUGGUUCAAGAAAAAGAACAGAGAUAGAAUGUUACCUUUACAGAUAGGAACAAGGUUUUUACAGCUUGAUGGAACACUUCUGCUUCGAGAAGCUAAAAUAGAAGAUUCAGGACAUUACUUAUGCAAAGUACAUAACUCUGCGGGAUCGGACUCAGCUGAAACUGAGAUUUUAGUCACAGACUAUCCACCAACUUUGUUAGAAAGCUUCAAUGAUCAGACUCUGGAGCCUGGACCAUCUGUGACACUAAAGUGCGUGGCUCAAGGAAAUCCACUUCCACAAAUCACUUGGACCUUGGACUCAAAUAUUAUACCAGAAAAUCCACGCUUUCGCCUGGGUGACUAUGUAAGAACUGGUGGGGGAUCCACAGAAGUGGUCAGUUAUGUCAACAUCACGUCCGUCAGGCCCGAAGAUGGUGGACUUUACAAAUGUGUGGCCACAAAUGACGUCGGAGAAGCAAGCCAUUCAGAUCGGUUGAAUGUCUUCGGUCCGCCAUUUGUCAGAACUAUGGCUAAUAUGUCUGUAGUAGCGGGAGAAACAUUACGGUUACAGUGUCCCGUUGGCGGGCAUCCGAUUGAAAAUAUUAAAUGGGAGAAAGACGGUGUGAGAUUACCAAACAACCACAGGCAAAAAAUAUUUCCCAAUGGGACAUUAAUCGUUCGAAACCUGGAAAGAAAUUCCGACUCUGGAUCAUACAAGUGCAUUGCUUCAAACGCAGAUGGAAUAAGCGCUGAAAAUUCUCUAUUUAUUAAAAUCAUUGUUAAGCCUUUCAUCGAGCCUUUUACUUUUCCGAAAUCAUUGCAACAGGGCCAACGAUUCAGUGUUUUAUGCACCAUAACUGAAGGUGAUCAGCCAAUUAGAAUUCAAUGGAUAAAAGAUGGUCAACAGUCUUUCCAACCUUCUACCACCAGUGAUGAUGUCAGAUCCGUCGCUGUUUCACCCUUUUCCUCAUCCUUGGUUUUCGAAUCUUUAGCUCCAGAACAUCGGGGAAACUACACAUGUGUCGCUUCUAAUGGUGCUGGAACUGCAAGCCAUACUGCGCCAAUGGUAAUUCAUGUUCCACCAAGAUGGAGAAUCGAACCUGGUGAUACAAGUGUCACCAAAACUCGAUCUGCAGUUGUAGAUUGCCAAGCCGAUGGAUUUCCAAUUCCGAGAAUUCGAUGGACAAAAGCAGAAGGAGAUGUUGCAUCAGAAUUUCGACCAAUCAGCAGUAGUUCUAGAUUGCAUGUAUUCGAAAAUGGCUCCCUUGUUAUUCACAGCGUUGAGGAGGGAGAUGACGGACACUAUCUCUGUCAAGCUACAAAUGGCAUUGGUCAAGGACUUAGCAAAGUCAUUCAUCUUUCCGUUCACGUGGCUGCUCAUUUUAAAAGCAAAUUCCGAGCAGAAAGCGUUCGUAAAGGAGAAGACGCUAAAUUGAUUUGUGAAGCAAUAGGUGAUCGUCCGCUCCAAAUUACAUGGUUAAAAGACAAGCAAUCUUUUGAACCACGGACGGAUCUAAGAUAUGAAUUAACAGAUACAGUUCUUGGAGGAGGAACAACAUCUCAGCUAACGAUUCGAAGAGCAGAUAGACGGGAUUCAGCACUGUAUACAUGUAUAGCUUCCAACGCCUUCGGACAAGAUGAUACAAAUAUACAGCUAAUAAUGCAAGAGCCACCUGAUGCACCACAAGAUGUCAAAGUUCUAGAAUUCGGUAGCAGAUCUGCUAAAAUAGGAUGGGCUGCGCCUUACAGCGGAAACAGUCAAAUAUCUCAAUACAUCUUACAUUAUAAGGAAGAAGGAGAUAGAUGGCAGCAGAAGUCAUGGAAUAUUUCGAUUUCAGGAACAGAGCAUAGUGUCGUCGUUAGAGGUCUUCUUCCCAUAACUUUCUAUCACUUCCGACUGUAUGCAGAGAACGCUCUGGGAAGAAGUGAACCCAGCAAUGUUGUUCAUCUUCGAACUGACCAAGAAGCUCCCGGAGGACCACCUCAAAAACUGAAAGCAAGAGCAGUUGGAGCUCAUAUUGUUAAAGUAUCGUGGAAACCUCCAAGAAAAGAUCUCCAAUUUGGAAUUAUUAAAGGUUAUUAUGUAGGAUACAAAGAAUCGACGUCUAAAGAAACGUUCAUAUACAAAACGCUGAAUGCAAAAGGUGGAGAAAAUUUCAUCGAGGAAACGCAACUCACAGAUCUUAAGAAAUUCACGGAAUACGCUGUGAUUGUACAAGCAUUCAAUGCAAAGGGUGCAGGACCGCCGUCUGACCAAGUCAUAGUGAAAACCUUGGAAAAUGAUCCUCCAAAAAGCCCUGCCAUGAAAGUAAUGUUCACAAAUCAUUCUUCUAUCGGAUUAUCUUGGGAACAAACUGAAAAAGAUAAUCCAGUCCAAGGUUACGUCCUGUAUUAUAAGUAUGAUAUGGGUGAAUGGCAAGAAAUUGAGAUGACUGCUACUGAGUCUGAAUAUGCUCUGUAUGAUUUGAGAUGCGGAUCUCGAUAUCAAUUUUAUAUUGCAGCCUUCAAUGCUGUUGGACGAGGAACUCCAACUGAUAUACUUCGGACGCAAACCGAUGGUAGAGCUCCCGUAGCUCCUGACAAACAGUCAAUGGUAAGCACAAAUCAAACUUCUGCCGCAGUUCAUUUGGAUGCGUGGCAUGAUGGCGGCUGUCCAUUAAAAUCUUUCGUGGUUCGAUACAGACAACAGCGUCAACAAAUAUGGAAUUUAGUGACAGAAGGUGCUCCCGAAGGCAGUGGACGUUCUUUGGAUAAGUUAAAGCGCCAAGUAAUAUUAGACGAUUUGAGCCCAGGAACUUGGUACAGACUUCAAGUAACAGCACACAAUGAAGCAGGAUCGACUGAUGCUGAAUAUACAUUCGUCACCAGCCCAUUAAGUGCUGAUUCACCUCCAAUAUACCCUAUAAGUGAUGACAGUGCCCAAGAACUUCCUUUAUACCUCGACAUUAAUAUACUUGUGCCUGCUGCAGUUUCUUUAGCUGUGGUUAUUGCUCUGAUAAUAUUAGUUUGUAUCAUUAUGUAUAAAAGAAACUCUCAAGAUACAAACCAAACAGGUAACAGCGAUACAUAUAGCAAUCGCAAAUGCCAAGUUCACGAAAACGUCCAAAUGACAGAAGUAGAAAAAAGUUCUCUAAAGAAAGCCCUGUCUGGCCCAGUAAAUCGUAGCGACUAUUAUCCAACACCAUACGCUACCACGCGCAUUUCCGCAGAAGAACAAAAAGAAGCAGCAGCCAGACAGGCAGCAAUGGAAGAACCAUUGUAUGCAACUGUAAAAAGAACCCCUCGUCCACCUAGAUCAGAUUUCCAUGUGUAUCAUUAUCCUGGCGAAAUGCCAGAAUUUUUCAUUCAAGCUAGUAAAGCAUCGUGCUUAGAUGAAGUCGGGGCCUCAUCAAGUAGCUUACUUUGGAAGGAAUCGAUAGAUACAAAACUCAAGGACGAUUAUCAAAGCGAUCAAAUGCUGCAAGAUUGCAGUCACUCAGGUGGACAGAGAAAAUCUUAUCGAUAUUCUCAGAGGUGAAAAAGUACUUCGCUUCUUAAAGAUCUUGAAAGUCACAAGGUAUAAAGCCAUGCUGCGGCUCAUCUGUAAUUAACAAAACUCACAUGAACUUUACUUUCCAACCAAGAGAAGAUGAAAUUGGAAUAUUUAAAUCUUCAAACGAAACAGAAUUUUCAAAAGAAUGUUCCGAACUGUUUCGAAAACAGGAGGAUAUUAUUUUCUCCGGUUUGUGAGAAAAAAAUCAUAAUUUGCAUAUUAUUUAAAAUUUCAGGUCAUGCAAUACGAAACAUUGCUGCAUGAAACAAUAUUUCACUUAAUUAGGCAAUUUCACUUAAUUGGUAUUAAUAUAUUUUUAUUAUAUUCAUAACAUAUUAUUUACCCAGGAAGUAAAUUGUAAGAAUAAAUUUGUUUUCUUUUAUUUAUAACCUAACGAGCGUAAGACCAAUAUU